AUGAAAUUCCUGAUCAAAUUGGCAAAGAAUAGAAAACCAACAAAAGGUCACGAUCUAUGCAAUCAAGACGAUAUGUUAAUCGAAAUGAACAUAAAAGACAAAAAAGAGACACCUAUAUAUUUCAAAGUAUUUAGAAAUCCAAAGGUAUUAAAAAAAAGUGUGGACAAAAGAAAUGCGUACUUUAAGAGAAUGGGCAAAAGUUUCAAGGUCCAAUUAAAAAACUUCAUCGACAAAGAGAUUUCUCCAAAUAUAAUUACAAUCCAACAGUUGCAGGUUAACACAAUUCAAUCAAUUAUACAAUCAAUUAAAAGUGAAUUGGAAAAAAGGAAAAAUGAAAAACAUAAUUAUUCAAGCAACAAAACCACCUCAUUCACAAAAGCAGAAAAAAAAUUAGAAUAUUGGGAAAAUGAAAUUAAACUUGAUGAUUCAAUUAUAAACUUAUCAAUUGAAAACAAAUCCAUUCCUAAACAAAUCAUAAACAACAAAAAUAACAUUAUAUUUCUUACUGGAACAACUGGAUUUUUAGGUGUAUAUUUAUUAUAUCAAUUACUUUUGUUACCAACUUGCACAAAGGUUUAUUGUUUAAUUAGAAAUAAAAGCAACAAUGAUAACCCUAUAAUUGAAAUUUAUGAUAAUAUGAAAAAACAUUUACUAUAUAACAAGUUAAAUACACAUCAGCUUUCAAAAAUCAAUGUUAUUGUUGGGGAUUUAUCAAAAAAUCAAUUUGGUUUAAAUAAUAAAGAAUAUAAAUUAUUAGCAAAUGAUAUCAAUUUAAUAAUUAAUUCAGGUGCAGAUAUCAAUUUAUUAGCAGAUUAUGAAUCUAUAAAACCAGUAAAUGUCAAUGGUGUUAAAGAAAUAAUAAAACUAUCACUUUCUUCUUCAAAAAUUAUAGUUCCAAUUGUCAAUUUAUCAACAUAUUCAGUUUUUAUGAAACAAGAACCAAAAGGUGAUUUUAAAGACAAUUUCGAUGAACAACAAUUUGGUUUGGUUCCUUUAGAAAAUUUAAAUAUUUUACCUGGCGGAUAUAUGCAAAGUAAAGUAAUUGGUGAAUAUAUUUUAAGUAGCGCAGCAAAAUUGAAAUCAAUACCUUAUAUUAUUAUUAGAUCCCCCUCAAUAUUUAGUAACCCAACAACUGGAAUAGGUCAUAACGCUGAUUUUGCUCAACUUUUUAUUCAAGCAUGCUCUAUAAUAGGACACUAUCCCGAUUUGUCGAUUGGUUUUUUAGCUUCCCCAAUAACAUGGUGUGUGGAGAAUUUUACAAAUGUUAUUCUUAAUGAAAACUCUUGGUCAACCAAUAAUAACUCUCCAAUAUCAAAACUAAAUGUGUACAAUAUCAACAGCGAAGUUAUAAUAUCAGAGACCUUGGUAAAAGACUUUAGUAAAAGAAUCGACUUUAGUCAAUGGAAAAAAUUGAUUAACCAAUCAGAAAACAAAACAUGCAUAAAGCUUAGAACCUUUCAUACUUUAAAUUAUGGUCGUUUCGACAUAUCCAAUGGUUAUGGUAUUUCAUAUAGAACUAAGCAACUAUUAAUAUCUCUGGGAUCCUAUGGCAAUGGUAGUAUAAUUAACUACGAGAUGAUAUAUAAUCUUUUAAACUAUAAUAAAAAAUAA